AUGGCGUCAUUCAGCGACGUCGAAACGGUGCGCGAAAUUGAGGAGGUCGUCGAUCAGCAGGCCAAGGCAUGCGACGCUGAAGCCGGCGCCUUGGCAGCAGCAACCGUGACGGAAGAGAAUGACGAGGCGAGGCUGCAGCAGGAGCAGCAUGAUGGCAAGGCGCCCGUGCUCGAUCACCAAGAGGCAUCGGCGCCCGAGCACGCCGCAGCAGUGGCACCGGCGGCACCAGCGGCGCCAGAGGAGCACGCCGCCGCAGAGGCACCGGCAGCACCACCGGCGCCAGAGGAACACGACGACGAGAAGCAGGACCAGGCCGAGGCGAAGAAGGAAGAGGUGGAGCCGCCCGAGGCGGCGGCGGCGGCGGCGGCAGAUGAUGAGUACAGCACGCGCGAGAGGCUGAAGCGGCACAGGCGGGAGAUGGCGGGGAGGGUGUGGGUCCCGGAGAUGUGGGGGCAGGAGAAGCUGCUCAAGGACUGGGUGGACUGCGCCGUCUUCGACCGCCCCAUGGUGCCGACGGGGCUGCUCACGGCGCGCCGAGCGCUCAUCGCCGAUUGCUGCACUACACGCCGCCCGGACCGAAGAACGUCGCCGCCGUCGUCCACCGCCAGCUCCAGCCCGCCGCUCCGGGUGCGGAACGGCUGCUCCUGA